AUGGCGGGUUUCGAGGUGAAGUCGGUCAGGUCCUGGACGGCCCUACUCACCUCGCUGCUGUGCCUGGCGGGCUGGCUGCUCACCUGGAUAUCCCUGGGCCGUCUUGACGAUGACUGCGAUGUGGACGAUCCCUGCAACGCGCUCUACAGGCCCUUCUACUGGGCCAUCAUCCAGGAGACGGGGGUCCUGCUCUUCUUCCUGAUCUGCUACCUGCUGGGCGUGGUGAACAAGGCGAGGUUCGCCCUGCUGGCCUUCCUUGUGCUGGCGGCAGUCAACCUGGAGGACGCCGCCGAGGCGAUGCUCCUCAACAGGACCGGCGACGGGAGAGUCGGCGAUCUCGAGACCGUGCUGAUCACCAGUGCCACGGGGGGGGGCUUGGGCGUGCGGACUAUCCGGAUAAGCAAUGACCGGGUGGAGGAGGUGGUGGCGGGCUACAUCGUGCUGGUGGGCUGCAACUACCUCUACAUUUUCAUCCUGGGAUGCGUCGACCUGUUCGCGGAGCUCAGGAUGCCGGCCAACCCGCUCAAGGGGUGGAGGCUGACCAGGGAGAAGGGGCCGGAGGCUCACCCCGUGGAGCAGGCCUAG